ACGACCGCAUCUAUCUUUGAGUAUAUACCAAGCAAAGCAAAUCUCUUGUAGUGUUCUCGCCAGCCAUGUCUCUUCAUCACAUGAUGACGUUGGUGGUGUUGCUCUUCUUCUCCUUGAUGCGCUCAAGCUCCCAUGCUCUGCCAGUGUCGAGCCCGGCGGCCGACGAGCUCGCGCUCCUCGCCUUCAAGUCCAUGCUGUUCUCCGACGGCGGUUCGCCGGCGUUGUCGUCGUGGAACACGUCGAGCCACUUCUGCCGCUGGCCAGGCGUUGCUUGCAGCCGCGAGAAGGUCAUCGCGCUGCGCCUGGGCUCGUACAGCCUCUUCGGCCACAUCUCGCCGCACCUGGGCAAUCUGUCCGCCCUCACGGAGCUGGACCUCGGCGGAAACCGGCUCGUCGGCGACAUACCGCCGGAGCUCGGCCGCCUCAGCCGUCUCCGCUCCCUCAACCUGGGCGCCAACUACCUCACUGGAGCCAUCCCCGCGGCCAUUGCAGCGGGGUGCGCCAACCUCACCUCGCUCGUCCUGGGACCCAACGGCCUCCGAGGUACGAUCCCCGCCCAGAUCGGCACCACCUUGAAAAAGCUCACCCUGUUGGACCUCCACCGGAACAACCUCACGGGGAACAUCCCUCCUGCACUGGCGGAGCUGCGCGCCAUGCGGGUUCUGUCUCUCUCCUACAACCACCUGUCCGGCGAGAUCCCGGCGGCGCUGGGCAACCUCACCAGCCUCCAGGAGCUCCACCUCCAUCACAACGGCCUCUCCGGAGCCAUCCCAUCGUCUCUCGGGCUGCCGCCCAACAUGUCGUAUUUCAACCUCGAGUUCAACCAGUUAACCGGGCCGAUCCCUGCCUCCAUUUGGAACCUUUCCUCUCUCGUUUUCUUCUCCGUCAUGUACAACAUGCUGAGCGGCACGAUACCUCCCGCCGCGUUCGCCGCGAUGCCCCAUCUCCACCACAUACAGAUCAACAACAACCAGCUCCACGGCCCUUUCCCGGUGUCCAUAGCAAAUGCUUCCAACAUUUCCCUGGUUCAGCUCGACGGCAACCUUUUCACCGGUAUCGUCCACCCUGAUAUCGGCAGGUUACAAAAACUAUAUAUUCUUCUUCUCGACAACAAUCUCUUUGAGGCUCAUGAGCCAAGAGACUGGGAGUUCAUAUCGGAAUUAACAAAUUGCUCCCAGUUGCGAGUGCUGGGGUUAGGUGGUAAUAAGUUUGGAGGUGUCCUUCCUGAUUCACUCUCCAACCUUUCCACUUCACUGUAUAAGCUCCAACUUGGGUCCAACAAGAUCACAGGAAACAUUCCAGAGGGUAUUAGUAACCUCGUCAACUUAAACCAUCUCGACAUGUCGCUAAAUUUCCUCACGGGAAGUCUCCCCUCAUCUUUGGGAAGGCUUCAAAAUUUGGCUCGUCUCUAUGUCUUUGGAAACAAUUUGAGCGGGCCCGUCCCGUCAACCAUAGGAGAUGCCACUGAACUAACUGAUUUGCGGCUCGACAUGAACGCGUUCAGUGGUAGAAUACCAAGCACACUUGGAAAGCUUGCAAAGCUCUCGUCACUAGGCCUUUCAGCUAAUAGCUUCAUUGGUCCCAUACCCACCACAUUAUUCAGCAUCCAAACACUCUCUAAAAUACUUGAUGUGUCACAUAAUAACCUAGAGGGACCGAUACCACAAGAAAUUGGAAAUCUGAAAAAUCUAGCAGAAUUGCAUUUAGAGUCAAAUAGAUUAUCUGGUGAAAUCCCAGCCAUCCUAGGUGAAUGUCGACUUCUACAGAGUCUUUAUCUGCAAAACAACUCCUUGAAUGGUAGCAUCCCAUCAACCCUGAAUCAACUGAAGGGUCUUGAAACUCUUGACAUGUCAAGCAACAACCUGUCGGGCCAGAUACCCGGCUUCCUUGGCAACAUUAGCAUGCUCCAACAUCUAAACCUUUCGUUUAACGGGUUUGUCGGACAGGUGCCGACUUUUGGUGUCUUCACAAAUGCUACUGCAAUCUCAAUCAAAGGCAACGUCAAACUUUGUGGUGGAAUACCUACUUUACAUUUGCCUCCUUGUUCUUCUAAACCACCAAAGAGGAAACACAAACAUUUAGUGGUUCCUAUUGUUCUCUCUCUCAUUGCAACACUAGUCGUGCUUGCAUUGCUCUACAUGCUUAGCAUGCUGCACAAGAAAAACAGAGCAAAGCCCCUUUCAUCUACAGCCAUGCAAAGCCACGCACGGCAAUGGCUAUCUUAUUCACAUCUGGAUCUGGUAAACGCAACCGAUGGGUUUUCAGCAACCAACUUUUUGGGUGCUGGAUCAUUUGGGGUUGUGUACAAGGGGGAGUUCAAUGGCACUUUUUGUGCUGUGAAGGUAUUGAAACUUCAAACUCCCAAGGCACUCGAGAGUUUCGCCGCCGAAUGUGAAGCACUAAGAAACAUGCGGCACCGUAAUCUUGUAAAGAUACUUACCAUCUGCUCAAGCAUCGAUACUAGAGGGUCUGAUUUCAAAGCAAUUGUGUAUGAGUUCAUGCCCAAUGGUAGCCUAGCUGGGUGGCUGCAUCCUGAGCAAUCAGAGCGGAAGCAACUGAACCUCCGUCUUAGAGUGACCAUACUACUUGAUGUGGCUUGUGCGCUGGACUAUCUUCAUUGCCAUGGCCACUCACCUGUCGUACAUUGUGAUGUUAAGCCAAGUAAUGUGCUCCUAGAUGCUGAGAUGGUAGCCCACGUUGGAGAUUUUGGACUUGCAACUUUUCUUAUUGGACAAUAUAGCCCACAUCGGAGAUUUCCUGUUGAGGGGAACUCAUCUCUACAACAACCAAGGAGCUCCAUGGGACUUACAGGAACAAUAAACUCGUCUGUCCAACAGUCAACAAGCUCGAUAGGACUUAGGGGAACAAUUGGUUAUGCUGCACCAGAAUAUGGGUUUGGGCACAUAGAACCGUCAACAAAUGGAGACAUUUACAGUUAUGGGAUUCUUGUUUUAGAAACUGUAACCGGGAAGAGGCCCACAGACACUAUAUUCAGACGAGGACUGAGGCUCCGUGAAUAUGUUGAGCGAGCUCUGGAUCAUAGCAUGAUGGAUGUUAUCGACAAGCGACUGGAAGAUGAGCUCCAGACCGCGGAUGAUAUUUCGAGGAAGAAAAAGGUGGAGGGGUUGAUGUGGCUACUCAGACUGGGGCUACGCUGCUCUCAGGAAAUGCCAUUGAGCAGAAUGCGAUCGAGAGAUAUCGUCAACCACUUGCGUGUCAUCAUAGAAUCCCUUCCAUAGGCAAUUCAGAACUUGUGAUCGCGACAUACGGCAAGCAGAUGAUUACUGUUUUCUUUUCUUCUGAGAUGCAACAUAAUUUGUGCUCAAUUUGAAGUGGUAGUAUUAAUAGUAUGUGAGCUACUAAUGUGUUGUCGGGUGUUCACUUUGAGGGAUCUAGGGAGGUGCUGGAAAAUCUUCUUGGUGCUAUGACAUUCCAUCCGAACUUUUCUCUGGCUUCUCGGAUUUGCAUCAAAAGCUGGAGAAAUACAAGUCGUAUGCAUGUUUAGUGCAAAUCACAGGAAGUAGCUAGCAACUGCAAGCAUGCUAUAGAUAUAAGCAAUGGGCAAUACAUUUUUUCGCGAAUAUACAAAAUUUGCGUAUCAUUCCACUGAUAGAAGAAGUUAAGAGUGGGUACAGGGAUGGUACAACGCAUGACACGAAACGCAGGAGGCGUGAACAUGGCGACCGGAGAUUCCCUUUCUAUUGCUAGCUUUAGUACGGUGAAUGGCCUGUUAAACAAUGUUUUCCCUGCACCUCACAUUACAUGUUGAAGAUCCCAAUCAGGAGUUGUUCACGGCGUGAUAGAGAUAGAGAUAGACUUGGUUGUUAGUUAGGCUAUUUAAACAUAUCACAUUGUAACUAUUUAUAUCUCCUCU